UUCAAGUUAUUACAAGAUGAGGUUUCAAUUUUUUGGCGCUUGCAUGGCCACAUACUUCUGCAUAUACCGCCACCCAAAAGCUCUGGUUCUUCUUCCACAAUAACUCAAAAUAUCUUCCUCCCUUUAAACCAGAAAAACAAUCUUCACCUCUAAAACCUAAAUUUUUAACAAUAAUGGCAAACUCUCUGCUUCUUGAACCAUCCGUAUUCACCACCAAAUUUCUCUCUCCUCAAUCCACCCCACUUUUACGCCCUUACCCAAUUCGAUUAUCUUCCUUAACUCAUUUUCCUUCCUCUUUCAUAAACCCUAAUUUCUCCUCAAAACCCUUCAAAUUCACCCCCAAAUGCGACGCCAAAAACUCAAAUUCUUCCAAUUCCCAACUGGGUAUCAAAGAGAAGACACAAAUCUCAAUUGGGUUUGUUCUUGAUGCGAUUUCUAGUGCUUUUAAGGCUCUUAAGAAGCCUGCAAUUGUUGCUUUGUUAGUAGGUGUUUUGAUAAUGUAUGAUCCCAAUUCAGCUUUUGCUGCAUCCGGUGGAAGAAUGGGAGGCCGCUCAUUUGCUCCGAGAUCCUCUACGUCUUCAGGAUCUCGGAGUUACUCGGUUCGGCCCUCGAAUCCAAUGAUGCCGUAUUCGGCACCGUAUUAUGCACCCUCUCCGUUUGGUGGGGGUGGUGGUUUUUUUGUUGGUCCGGCGUUUGGGGUUGGGGUUGGAGCUGGGUCUAGUUUGUUUUUGAUUAUGAUGGGAUUUGCUGCUUUUAUUUUGGUUUCUGGCUUCCUUUCUGAUCAAUCUGAUGGUGGGGUUUUGACUGCUACUGAGAAAACUAGUGUGAUCAAGCUUCAGGUUGGGCUGUUGGGCAUGGCACGAUCUCUUCAAAGUGAUCUCAAUCGGAUUGCUGAAACUGCUGAUACAUCAACUCCAGAGGGCCUAAACUAUGUUUUAACAGAAACAAUGCUGGCCUUGCUUCGGCAUCCUGAUUAUUGCAUCUCAGCUUAUUCAUCUGUCGACAUCAAAAAGAGUAUUGAGGAGGGAGAAAAGAGGUUCAAUCAACUUUCUAUUGAGGAAAGAGGUAAAUUUGAUGAAGAAACGCUGGUCAAUGUGAAUAGCAUAAAGAGGCAGAGCACAAGAAGCUCGAGAGCCACUGGAUAUAGCAAUGAAUACAUAGUGAUUACCAUUCUGGUGGCUGCCGAGGGAGUCAAUAAACUGCCUACCAUAAAUGGGAGCAUGGAUUUGAAAGAAGCGCUACAAAAGCUUGGUUCCAUCCCUUCAAGUAAAACCAUGGCGGUGGAGGUGCUUUGGACUCCUCAGAAUGAAAAUGAUACAUUGUCAGAGAGAGAAUUGCUUGAAGAUUACCCCUUCUUGAAGCCUUUAUAAGCACGCUUCAGAUAUCGAUAUAUUUUUGCUUUUUACAUGUAUAUACACCAUGACUAUGAUCUGAACUGAUAAGAAAUGCCUUAUACAGUAUACUGUGCUGUAUCCUGUAUCCGAUGACUGCUAAGUGCUACCCGUAUUUUUGUUGCGCUUUUCUUUUUCUUUCAUACUAGGUUAUAAGCAUUUGUAAGUAUUUACAUAAUCACUUUGAGCUCCAGGAUUUCUGUGAAGUUGCUGUUGGCUUGCUAAAUAGAGAGGUUGUUUCUGUAA